AUGCCUCGUAGGCAAACUCAGUUGCGCGGCCCUAAGGACCAGCCCGCUAAACAGCAGCAGCCCAAGAAGACAAGCAGGAAGGCGUUGGAUGCUUUUGCUAUUGCAGAGAGCGAGUUCCCCAUCAAAUCAAAGAUCCGUCGCAACCGACUGGGUGUAGACGAUGAUCUGUUCAAGCGCAAGCGACACCCCGGGCAUGACAAGGACGACUCCGAUGGCCCCGAUAACAAGCGCCGUCGAACGGGCGAUGAAUCUUCCGAUGAAAAUGGCGGAAGUGAUGGCGAGGGCCACCAUUGGAGAAUAGGGGAAGUCGACAGCGACAAUGAUAGCGAGUUGGAUAGUGACGAAGCUAUGGGCUCGAGUGACGAGGAAAGGUUUGAAGGGUUUACAUUCCGCGGGAGUUCCAAAACCAAGUCCAAACCAAACGCGAAACAUGCAGACGCAAAGAAGCGAGCUCGUCAGAUCACGUUAUCGGAAGAUGUGGAAGAAUCUGACGGAGGGGAAGAUUUGGACGAAGAUUCAGACGACCUCGGAGAAGAUGCCAUCGACCUGACUACGGCGUGGGAUAUGAACACUGCUGCAGAGGAAGAAGAAGCUGCAGCUGCUGCGAAGAAACGGAGAUCUACAGAAGAUGCGCCGGAUGAGUUUGGCUCUGAAAGCGAAAACGAGAGCGACGCUGACGAUGAAAGCGAUCUUCUUAUGUCAGACGAUGAAAUGAAUGCUACUGAUGAACAUGGCCUUUCGAAACUACAAAGCUUUGUCGACUCUAUGGGUACAGUGUCUGGGAAUAAACCAGCAAAGAAGACGAGUGGUAGAGAGGAGCUAGGUAACCCUACGGAAUUUGGACUGACGUCUACGAAGAAGCUCACGGUUGCCGAUCUCCUGCCGUCGAUUACGGAUUCCCGCCUAAAGAACUCCCUGAAGCAUGUCGAUUCUGCGGCCUCCUCACAAAAUCGAUCAUCUGGUAUUCCGGGCAAGUUGGAUGCUCCCCUAGCAAAACGCCAACAGGAUCGGCUGGACCGAGAGGCGGCCUAUGAAAAAAGCAAAGAAACGCUGGACCGUUGGUUGGACACGGUCAAAGCAAAUCGCAAUGCGGAACACUUGAUGUUUCCUCUUCCUGACCCAGAGGGACAACAGACUCAUCGCCUGGGCCCCGCUCAACCGCGGACGGACCUCGAGACCGCCAUUCAGGAUAUCCUUGUGGAAAGUGGUCUUGCUGAAGCCAGUGGAAAAUCUGCUGAAGAGCAAGUACAGGAAUUUGAAGAGUUGCAGGCACGAAAGAUGCCGAUCGAGGAAAUCCGAGCCCGUCGGGCAGAGCUGCGUAAGCGGCGUGAUUUGCUGUUUCGAGAAGAGGUGCGGGCCAAACGAAUCAAGAAGAUCAAGAGUAAGUCGUACCGCCGUGUUCACCGAAAGGAGCGGGAGAGGAUGGAGCAACAAGAGCGACAAGCCCUCCUCGAAGCCGGAGUCGACAUGGAUGAGCAAGACCAGGAGUUCAAUGAUCGUCGGCGAGCCGAGGCGAGAAUGGGGUCGAAGCACAAGGAGAGCAAAUGGGCGAAGAGCCUGAAGCAAACUGGUCGAGCGGCUUGGGAUGAGGACGCCCGACUAGGUGCGGCCGAUCUUGCCCAGCGAGAAGAAGAACUACGAAGGAGGAUUGAGGGCAAGCGUGUUUCUCAGGGCGACGAAGACUACCUCGGGUCAUCAAGCUCAGAGUCCGACGAUGACUACGACCCCUGGAAUGAGGAAGCUGCCGCUAAUGCGGAAAAGCGCAAACUCCAGCAGAAACUCAAAGACCUCGAAGGGGAUGAUGAGGCUGGGCUAGAAGCCACGGGUCAUCAUGCCAACCUAUUUUCCAUGAAGUUCAUGCAAAAUGCUGAAGCAGCACGCAAAGCACAAAACGAUGCAGAAGUUCGCCGGCUCAACCGCGAACUUCAUGGAGAGGAAUCUCAGUCAGAAGCCGAGUCCGAAGUUGGUCGGCGUAAGUUUGGCCAAACAGAAACUGAGAGGUCCACCAAAGAACGAAAGGCACGAUACCUUGGCCGCAACGAGUUUGAAGAGGCUCCUGGAUCCGAUGAUGAAGCUCUUCAAGCGCACGAAGAUGAUGAAAAACCCAACAUUGUUCUCGAUCAUCCUGACAAGACAAAGCAACCCCGUUCCAAAGGUAAAGCCAACGAACGUCCUACAAAUAAUGCAUCCCAACAAAAGGAGGAAGCCGAAGAAGAGAACCCGUGGCUCGUCCAGACGAAUCGAAACAACCGCCGGGCAACUGUGAAUGACUCCCAACAAACCGUUGACAUUACCGUCAACGAUCCCAAACCCAAGAGCACUAAGAGCAUGGGACCCAAGGGCGCUGCCAAAGCCCAACCUCCCAAGAAGCAACAACUGGACGAGGACAAUGACAGUGACGAGGAAAGUGUCCCCGUGCUCCUCAAAAACCAUGAUCUCGUGAAGCGAGCAUUCGCAGGGGACGAGGUUGUGCAGGACUUUGAGGAUGAGAAGCAGGCGACGAUCAAAGAAGAAGGCGACCAGGUGAUUGAUAAUACCUUGCCUGGAUGGGGCAGUUGGGCAGGUGAAGGCAUCAGCAAGAAACAGCAGAAGCGACAAAAACGCUCGCUCACUGUUGUCGAGGGUGUGAAGCCCGAAAACCGCAAAGACGCGAAGCUGUCCCGCGUCAUCAUCAACGAGAAACGAGUCAAGAAGAACAACAAGUACCUUGCAACUCAGCUACCCCACCCCUUCGAGAGCAAGCAGCAGUACGAGAGAUCCCUCCGUGUCCCCAUUGGACCUGAAUGGUCUACCAAGGAGACUUUCCAAAGCGCAACCAAGCCUCGCGUGAUGAUCAAGCAGGGAGUCAUCAAGCCAAUGGAGAAGCCUAUGGUUUGA